UUAAAAUAAAAAAAUAAAAAAAGUAAAAACAAUUUCUCUGCUGCAUGCAAAAACUCUCUACUCUCUUCAGCAGUACAACUUAACACACACACAGACAGACACUCUCUUUUACAACGGAACCAAUUUGGUGUGUGUUUGUACGAUCAUUAUUCUCUCUACAAAAAAUUCAAUUUUGAAGGGUUUUUUUAAUACCCAUUUCCUUAUUUGCAUUCUGGAAUUUAGGGUUUUUGUUUCUUUGAGUUACAAUUACAGCUGAGAAUCGGGUGUCAAAUGUGCUGAGAAAAGCGUAAACUUUUUCAGUUGCUACAAGAGAAAUGGAGGACAAGGAGGAUGCUCAACUGCAUAUUUUAGAGGGGGAGAUAGUCGGAAUCAAAUUUGGUUUGGCAACUCAUAAAGAAAUUUCUACGGCGUCUGUUAGUGGUUUCCCUAUAAGCCAUUCCAGUCAGCUUACAAAUCCUUUUCUUGGUUUGCCUCUGGAGUUUGGUAAAUGUGACUCUUGCGGCACUUCUGAACCUGGAAAAUGUGAAGGUCAUUUUGGCUACAUUGAACUGCCAAUACCUAUCUAUCAUCCGAGUCAUGUGAGCGAGUUGAAGCGGAUGUUGAGCUUGUUAUGUUUAAAAUGUCUGAAACUGAAGAACAACCAAACGAGGAGCAGUGGCAUGGCCGAACGUCUCUUUGCUUGCUGUGAGGAGGCUUCACAAAUUUCUAUCAAGGAGGUUAAAACAACUGAUGGUGCAAAUAAUUUGCAAUUAAAGUUUCCAUCGAGGCAGAGACAAACAGAUUGGAGUUUCUUAGAAAGAUAUGGUUUUCGCUAUGGCAAUGACUUUACUCGUACAUUGCUUCCUUAUGAGGUGAAUGAAAUGCUAAAGAGAAUUUCUCAGGAAACACGAAGAAAGCUUUCCAGGAAGGGGUUCUUUCCCCAAGAUGGCUACAUUAUGAAAUAUGUGCCAGUUCCUCCAAACUGUUUGUCAGCACUAGAUAUUUCAGAUGGUGUCAAUGUUAUGUCCUCGGAUCUUUCUAUAUCUAUGCUCAAGAAAGUUCUGAAGCAAGUUGAGAUAAUUAGAAGCUCACGCUCCGGUGAACCAAACUUUGAAUCUCAUGAAGUUGAAGCCAAUGAUUUGCAAUCAGCAGUAGAUCAGUACCUUCAAGUGAGGGGCACUGUGAAAUCCGCUAAAGAUGUAAAUGAGCGCUUUGGGAUUCACAAGGAGUCCAAUGGUUCCUCAACUAAAGCAUGGCUUGAGAAGAUGAAAACCUUGUUCAUUAGAAAGGGCUCUGGAUUCUCUUCACGCAGUGUGAUUACAGGUGAUGCAUACAAGCGUGUGAAUGAAAUUGGGAUUCCUUUCGAGAUUGCGCAAAGAAUCACAUUCGAAGAGAAAGUCAACUCACAUAAUGUGCAAUAUUUGCAAGAGCUUGUGGACAAUAAGUCAUGCUUGACUUACAGGGACGGAUCUUCUACCUUUUCAUUGAGGGAAGGUUCCAAGGGACACACAUUUCUUCGGCCUGGUCAGGUUGUUCACAGGAGGAUUAUGGAUGGAGAUAUGGUCUUCAUCAAUAGACCUCCAACAACACAUAAGCAUUCCCUGCAAGCACUUUCUGUAUAUGUGCAUGAUGGCCAUACUGUCAAGAUAAAUCCUUUAAUAUGUGGGCCCUUGAGCGCUGAUUUUGAUGGCGAUUGCAUACAUCUUUUCUAUCCUCAAUCUCUUGCUGCUAAAGCAGAAGUGUUGGAGCUGUUUUCAGUUGAGAAGCAGCUUCUUAGUUCUCACAGUGGUAAUCUGAAUUUACAACUGACUUCUGAUUCUCUUUUGUCAUUGAAGACCAUGUUCAAGGCAUACUUCUUGGAUAGAAAAGCCGCUCAGCAAUUAGCUAUGUUUGUAUCUUCUUCUUUGCCACAGCCUGCUGUUAAAUCUUGUUGUUCUGGCUUGAUUUGGACUGCUCAGCAGAUAUUGCAGACAGCCUUGCCUUCUCAGUUUGAUUGCAUUGGAGAAAGAUACCUGAUCAGCAAUGGUGAGGUAGUGAAUGCAGAUUUCACCAGGGAUGUUGUACAGUCUGUUAUCAAUGAAGUCGUAAUCUCAAUUUUUUUUGAGAAAGGUCCCGAUGCAGUCUUUAAAUUCUUCAAUUCUUUGCAGCCUUUACUGAUGGAAUACAUAUUUUGUGAAGGUUUUAGUGUUGGUUUAGAAGAUUUCUACAUGUCUAGGACUGCCAUGGAUGGUAGUCGUGGAGAUUUCAAGGUCAUUUCUUCUUUGCUAAGUCAAUUAAGAUCAACUUACAAUCAACUCAUGGAACUGCAAUUAGAAAACCACAUCCGAUGUGCGAAACUUCCUGUUACAAAAUUCAUCUUGAGGUCAUCUACUAUAGGUGAUUUGAUUGAGUACAGGAGUGAAUCAGCCAUGACAAAGGUGGUCCAACAAAUUGGCUUCUUGGGCCUGCAAAUUUCUGAUAGAGGGAAGUUCUACACUAAGACUUUGGUUGAAGAAAUGGCUUCUCAUUUUGAGAGUAAAUAUCCUCCUGAUAUUGAUUAUCCAUCUGCAAAACAUGGAUUUAUUGAAAGCUGUUUUUUCCAUGGGCUAGAUCCUUAUGAAGCGAUGGUUCAUUCAAUAUCUUCAAGAGAGGUUAUGGUUCGUUCUACAAGAGGAUUAUCUGAACCUGGGACCUUAUUUAAGAAUUUAAUGGCCAUUCUUAGAGAUGUAAUUAUCUGUUAUGAUGGGACUGUGAGAAAUGUAUGUAGCAAUUCAAUCAUCCAGUUUGAGUAUGGAGUAAAAGCAGGAAUUAAAGCACAGAGUUUAUUCCCUGCGGGUGAGCCUGUCGGCGUGUUAGCUGCAACUGCUAUGUCCAAUCCUGCAUACAAGGCAGUUCUUGAUUCCACUCCAAGUAGCAAUUCCUCAUGGGAGCAGAUGAAGGAAAUUCUUCAGUGCAGAGUCAACUUUAAGAAUGAUGUUACUGAUCGCCGUGUCAUUUUGUACUUUAACUAUUGUGGCUGUGGGAAACUUUACUGCCAGGAAAAAGCAACCUAUUUGGUUAAGAAUCAUUUAGAGAAAGUCAUUCUUAAAAGCAUUGCAUCAUGCUUUAUGAUCGAGUAUAGGAGUCCUCAAAGCAUUACAGAUGCGACUGUUGUUGGUCACAUUCAUCUCAAAAAGAUGAAGUUGCAAGAGUUGAAAGUAAACAUGGAGGCUGUUCAUAAUAAGUGCAAAGAGACUAUCUUUUCAUUUGGAAAGAAGAAAAAAAAUGGUUCUCUUUAUAAAAAGAUAGAGGUAGCUUUCAGUGAAUGUUGUUCUUUUGAAUGCGCUGAUGAAAGGUCUGGCAUGCCGUGCUUGUCAUUCUUUUGGAAAGAUAAUACAGAGAUCCAUUUAGAGAGAAGCAUACAGCUCUUUGCUGAUGAGGUUUACCAUGUUCUGUUGGACACAGUCAUCAAAGGUGACCCUCGAAUUUCCUCUGCAAAUAUUAUUUGGGUUAGUCCAGAUACAAGUACUUGGAUAAGAAAUCCAUCCCGGAAUCAGAAGGGGGAACUGGCUCUGGACGUUCUCACUGAGAAAUCAGCUGUGAAAGAAAGUGGUGAUGCAUGGAGAGUUGUCCUAGAUUCUUGUAUUCCUGUUCUCCAUAUGAUUGAUACCACAAGGUCUAUACCAUAUGCAAUUAAACAAGUUCAGGAAUUGUUGGGUAUUUCUUGUGCAUUCGAUCAAGCAGUUCAGCGUCUCUCGAGCUCAGUGACAAAGGUGGCGAAAGGCGUGCUAAAGGAGCAUCUUAUUCUCCUGGCUAAUAGCAUGACAUGUGCUGGAAACUUAGUUGGCUUCACAACUGGUGGAUAUAAAGCAUUAUCUCACUCAUUGGAUGUUCAAGUACCAUUUACUGAGGCAACACUCUAUACACCAAGAAAAUGUUUUGAGAGAGCUGCAGAGAAGUGUCAUACGGAUGCUUUAUCCAGCGUAGUUGCAGCUUGUGCCUGGGGGAAACAUGUGGCGGUUGGUACAGGAUCAAAGUUUGAUUUGAUUUGGGAUCAAAAGGAGACCUGUUUGAAUCCAAAGAGCAGCUUGGAUGUGUAUGAACUUCUAAAUAUGGUUAGAAGUUCUGCAAAUGGAGAACCAGCUACUGCCUGUUUAGGUGCAGAAGUAGACGACCUUAUGCCUGAUGAUGAUAUGGAUGACUGGAACUUGUCCCCGGAGCGAGAUUUUGGUUCUGAGAAGCCCAUAUUUGAAGACGGUGAUGAAUUUAAGAAAUUCUUAGACAAUCAACCUGCUGACUGGGAGAAGGUUUCACACGUUGAGAAAGGUGUUAGUGACGGUGGAAACUGGGGUGGUGAUAAAGACAAAGGGAUUGAUAAUGAUGAAUCUUGGUCUAGCUGGGGAAGAAACAGAACGGAGACCCAAAAUGCCCUUUCUACAAAAGUCCAAGAGGAACCUGACGGGUCAAACGGAUUGGACACUGUAACUCCGUGGCAGUUGAAUGACAACUCUAGCUGGGGAACAAAGAAGAAUAAAUCAGCUGAUACAAAUUGGGGAAGUAAUAAGAAUGAGGCAGCUGAUACGAAUUGGGAUACACAGAAGAGUGCAGCUGGUGCGAGCUGGGGCAAAAAUGCUGUUUGUGAUCAACCGGAGAAUACAGCUACAGCAUGGGGGAAGCAGCAAACUCGCAGUGAAGGCGAGCAAGAUCCGAAAUGGGGAAAACCCAACAAGGAUGGGGAUGCUGGUUCUUCUUGGGGUAGAAGUGCUGUUUGUGAUCAAUCGGCGACAGCAUGGGGAAAGCAGAAAACUCACAGUGAAGGUGAGCAAGAGCCGAAAUGGGGAAAACCCAACAAUGAUGGGGAUGCUGGUUCUUCUUGGAAUAAAAGUGCUGUUUGUGAACAACCGGAGAGUACAGAGUCAGCAUGGGGGAAGCAGCAAACUCACAAUGACGUUGAGCAAGAAUCGAAAUGGGGAAAACCCAAUUCACUGCAAGUUUCAGAUGGCGGGGGCUCUCCCAUAGAGAAAGCAACUACCUCCCAAGGUUGGGGCCUUCCAAAUGAGAAACAACAGAAAUGGGAGAAACCUCAAACACCCCAACAUCUCUCUCCGAAAGAGUCUGGUUCUCAAGGAUGGGGAUCUCUGAAAGAGACUAGCUCUCAAGGCUGGGGAUCUCCGAGAGACACUAGCUCUCAAGGCUGGGGAUCUUCGAAAGAGACUAGCUCUCAAGGCUGGGGAUCCUCAAAAGAGACUAGCUCUCAAGGCUGGGGCACUCCGAAAAGUCGUGGUGAUGGACCUAAAGGUUGGGGUUCAAAUAAUGCGGAAUGGAAAGGAAAGAACCGCCCUCCUAUGUCGCAAGGAAGGGAUAACUCCGCUAUGAAUUUGAUGUUUACAGUAACGAGACAGAGAUUGGAUAUGUUUACUUCUGAAGAGCAAGAUAUCCUUUCUGACAUUGAGCCAUUAAUGCGGUCCAUCAGAAAAGUUAUGCAUCAAUCCGGGUACAAUGAUGGAGAUGCACUGUCUGCUACCGAUCAGUCUUACGUUAUUGAUAAUGUGCUCAAUUACCAUCCUGAUAAAGCUGCAAAGAUGGGUGCUGGCGUCGAUCACAUCAUGGUUAAUAAGCACAGCAGUUUCCAAGAUAGCAGGUGCUUCUUUGUUGUUUCAACGGAUGGUUCUCAGCAGGAUUUCUCAUACCGUAAGUGUCUGGAGAACUUCUUGAAAGUCAAGUACCCUGACCUGGCUGAGGAGUUCACCGGAAAAUACUUCAAGCCUCGCCAGAGAGGUCUCCAGCCACAAACUCCUACCGCAGAGACGCCCCAGCCAACCCCAGCCUCAGAGUCGACCCAGCCAACCCCAGCAUCAGGGUCGACCCAGCCGCAAACUCCAAUUGCAGAGACACCUCAGCAAACCCCUGUUUUGGAGCCGGAGACCACGGGAGUAGAUAACGCGGCAGAGUAAGUGAUGAAGACUUCAAGAAAGUAUCUGUUUUAUCAAUUAGUUAGUCUGCUUUUGUUGAUUUGUAUAUAAGCAUCAGAUUUUUUUUGUUGAUAAACAAGUAAAGUUUAAUUACUCUUUAUGAACUGCUCUUACUUUUUCCAACACAGGAGCAGUUCAUAAUUUUGUUGUUAGUUAGUUACCAAUCUAACUGUAGGCCUCUUUGUUGAUGUUGCAUGUCGAUAGUAAUAUAGUCAAAAUUUUCCGA